AUGGGCAACCACAUCUCCUGCGUGCAUAUCCGCCCUGACCCACCGGUGGAGACUAUUAAGCUCAUCAAAUCCGAUGGGCUGGUGAAGAUCUACGAUCGACCCAUACACGUAUCAGAGCUGUUGGUGGAGUAUCCGAAGCAUCUGGUGUGCCGCUCGGAUUCUUUCUAUAUAGGGCAAAAGAUCCCGGCUUUGUCUGAAAACGACCAGCUUCAGCUUGGACACAAGUACUUUCUCCUCCCUAAACAUUGUUUCCAGUCGGUUCUAUCAUUUGUUACCAUCGCCUCCUUUGUCAACACUUCCUCCCAGCCCCCCUCGUCAUCUUCCUCUAGCAGAGACUCAAGAAAUGCGCUCCUAAAGAAGGCUGCCACUUGCCAACCCUUUGAUAUACAAAAAUCUCCAUCUGGGUGCCUGAGGAUACGCGUGUCUGAUGAGUUUAUAUCGCAACUGAUGGAACAAGACAAAAUCAAGGAGUCUGAGCAAGAUGAUAGCUCAAGUAAAAGCAGGAGCAGAAUAUGUACCACUCCUCAGUUACAGAAGGAUUACAGGUUGCUAGUUGCGUCACGUCAAUGGAAACCCAAGCUGGAUACAAUAAAGGAGAAGGAGAAGCGAAAGCUUUCUUCAUUUGGAAUGAAGAGAAGGAAGAAAUCUCAAUCUAAAGGAAACCAAAAGGGAACUCAUAAAACAUCAGAACUCCAUCUUCACGCAGCAUCAACAAAAUCUUCUUCAAAAGCCAAGAUUAAGAUCAAAUUAAGAAAAUGA